AUGCCAAGUACGCGAUCAAAACCUGCGACCGAAGGCCCUUCGGAGGAAACCAAGAGCUCCUCAAGUUCAAAAAGAAAUACUCCCCAAUCAGUCGACGUGCCCAACAGAACAUUCAUUCUACCUUCAAAGAGGAGUGAUGCAGCCAGAUUUCUUUCUCUUCCGAACCCUAGUUCUGGAGUCCUCAAUCGAUAUUACUUCGACCCACAAGGUGCUGGCUUGUACGAGUUCACGGCCGUCGCAUCAACACACUUCACUCCGAGGAGCAUCCUCUUCACGCCGAACAAGGACGAUGGCGAGCCAGAAACGAAAGGCUACAUUGCGAAAAAGGCAGAACUCUUGAUUGCAACACCAAUUGAUGUCUUGUUCUUCAUGUUAUCGGUCAUAGCGCCAGCCGACAAGACUUCGACGUCGAACAUGUUUCAACCUCUGGAUGAUAUUUUGGACUCGCAGGACGAGCUUUCCGCACACCUACGACAUGUUCUUUAUGAUAAUUCGUUCCGUUCAACACUUGAGAGACGCAUGCAAGCAAUUUGUGAUACGAUGGAAGCCGCGGACGAGAAAUUGUACAGAUUUAGCGAGAGAAAGCUUCUCAACGAGCUCAUCGCAAAGGCAGACCGAAUGAUCGCCCAAGGACUUCCCGCAAGUCUAGAACAAACUUUUAUUCACAAGGCUCUUGCACCUCCUCUGAUGAGCGUCAAGCGCGAAGAUACAGUAACUGCCACUGCUACUGUCGUCGAAAACGAGGAUAGCCAAGACUUGGAAGUCGUCGAGACACAAUCUACAUCCACCACGACCAUGUCUGCUACAUUUUCUGAACAACAGUCCGGAAUCUCGACACCAGCUACCCAAACUUAUACCGUGGAAGAAAUAUCAUCAUCCUCCGAAAGCGUCGCGCGACUACUUCGUCUGCGCAUCGCCCUCGCCUUUAUGAAACAAUCCUACCUACCACAAAAUCUAUCCACCAGAAUCGACGAAAUCCUCAAGUCGCCCGAAAGCCCCUUCGACUUUAGCCCUCUCGAUGACCGAUUGAAGGAACUAGCCGCUCUUCGCGCAGAGGCAUUUGCGUCGCGCGCAAUGGGCGGAGAUUUCACUCGCAAGCGCGGCUUUGAAGAUGAAGACGGUGAUUCUGAGCGUGCGGAGGCGAAACGUAGGAAGGAGGAAGAGAAGAAGGCGAAAGUGGCCGAGUCGAGGGCUGUGAGGGAUUUGAAGAAGGUUAAUACUUCGGGGAUGAAGAAGAUGAGUGACUUCUUUAAGAAGAAGUCUUGA